AUGUUGUAUAGUAUCCAAAUUGUUCUAACUGUUAUGCUCGCAUGUGAACCAACAUUAUAUUACGCAUCUGAAACAACAGCACUUGGGAGACAAGUGAAGCUACCAGGCUACAUCAUAUUUCGUUGUGUAUUACGUACGAUUGCUUGGCUUUACUCAUUAGUUAUACUUCGAGUGGAGCGAACAAAAACAUUGCCAACGAUUCAAUCAAGAGGACAUGGUUUAAUCAUACUGACUUACUGGUGUCUAAGCUUUUUGAUCGAAGCAUUAGCAUUUGUUUCAUAUCGCAGUCCAUUGUGGUAUUUUACAUUGACAUCCGAAAUUGAUCGUGUUCGAUUGGGUUAUUGGAUAUUUCGAUUUAUAGCAACAAUUUUUAUAUUUUUUAUCGGUUUAAAAGGUCCUGGUGUACCCCGUCGUCGUUAUGCUGCCUCAUUAAAUCGAACCGAUUCUCAAAUUGAAGAAGCUCGAGCAAAUGAAAAUGUCUGGAGUAAAUUUUUUCGACAUUUUAAAACAUUAGUUCCCUAUAUUUGGCCAAAAGGAAAUUAUGGUUUACAAUUGAAUAUUUUUAUUUGUCUGGUAAUACUGAUUGCUGGAAGAAUAUUGAGUUUGGAAGUACCACGAUAUACAAAAUUAAUAACUGAUGAAUUGAUUAAUUCGGGCGCCGAUAAUAAUUCAGUAACCGAUACAUUUUUAAAUCUUGGACAAGUAUUUCGAACACCACAAACAUGGCCAUGGAAAUUGGUUACAAUACUGAUGGUUUUGAGAUUUUUACAGGGUGCUGGUUUAUUUGGUAGUGGAGCAUUGGGAAUAUUACGUACACUUUUAUGGGUAAAAGUUGAACAAUACACAACUCGUACAUUAAAAUUACGUGUAUUUUCUCAUUUACAUAAUUUAUCGUUAAAAUGGCAUUUAUCACGUAAAACUGGUGAAGUUUUAAGAAUAGUUGAUCGUGGAACAGAUAGUGUUGAUUCAUUAUUAAAUUAUAUUCUAUUCAAUAUUGUACCAACCAUUGCUGAUAUUAUUAUUGCUAUUGCAUAUUUUAUUAUUGCAUUCAACAUAUGGUUUGGAAUUAUUGUAUUUGCUACUAUGCUAUUAUAUUUAAUUUUAACUAUUUUGAUUACAGAAUGGCGUACAAAAUAUAAACGUGAAAUGAAUAAAUUAGAUAAUGAAAUGGGUGCGACAGCUGUUGAUUCAUUGUUAAACUUUGAAACAGUUAAAUAUUACGGGGCUGAACCGUAUGAAGUUAAUCAAUAUCAAAUAGCUAUAACAAAAUUUCAAUAUGCAGAAUAUAUUACUCAAGUAACAUUACAAAUAUUAAAUAUUGUGCAAACAAUUCUUAUUAGUAUUGGAUUAACUGCUGGAAGUUUAUAUGCAGCAUGGUUAGUAGGUGAAAAACAUGAAUUAACUGUUGGAGAUUAUGUUCUUUUUGGUACCUAUAUUACACAACUUUAUGUACCCUUAAAUUGGUUUGGUACCUAUUAUCGUUUGAUACAACAAGCAUUUAUUGACAUGGAAAAUAUGUUAGAUAUAUUGGAUAUUCAACCAGAUGUACAAGAUCGUCCGUUUGCUAAAGAUAUACAGAUUACCAAUGGAAUGAUUGAAUUUGAAAAUGUUUCAUUUCAUUAUCAACCAGAACGACCAAUAUUACAAAAUAUUUCGUUUUCAGUUUUACCCGGUCAGACAUUAGCCAUUGUUGGACCAAGUGGAGCUGGUAAAAGUACAAUUGUGAGAUUAUUAUUUCGAUUUUAUGAUGUUAUAAAUGGUGUAAUUAAAGUUGACGGUACAAAUAUUUCAACUGUUACGCAAAAUUCCUUACGGCGAUCAAUUGGUGUUGUACCGCAAGAUACUGUAUUAUUUAAUAAAGAUAUUUUAUACAAUAUACGUUACGGAAGAGUUACAGCUGGUGAUCGUGAAGUUGAAAAUGCAGCUCGUCUAGCAGAAAUGCAUGAUCGUAUUUUAACGUUUCCUGAUGGUUAUAGAACUAUUGUUGGUGAAAGAGGUUUAAAGUUAUCGGGUGGCGAGAAACAACGUGUCUGCAUUGCAAGAACAGCAUUGAAAGCACCGGUUAUUGUACUAUUAGAUGAAGCAACAUCUGCAUUAGAUACACACACUGAACGACACAUACAGUCAGCAUUAAAAAGCGUCUGCGAAGGUAAAUACUAUUCGUAAUAUCCCCCUGGACAAAAUAAGUCGAACACACUCUUUUUAAAAUUAAUCCUCCAUACAAUGGAAGUUA